GAUUUCGGACCUGUGGCACAAAACGGAUCUACAGCCUUCUGGAAUCGCAUCCCAACAUUGUCACCCUUUCAAUUCAGGUGGGUGCGAUGCCCAAUCUGCAAACCGAGUUUGAGGAGUCAAUCUUCGCUCUGGCGAAAGCCCUCCAAGUGCCUACGGGUCGUCCCUUGAUCCAGGUCUGCGACGAGUUUGAAUUCAAACUGCCGACCUUCACGGAGUGCGAUCGUCUCGUGAAGAAGAUAAGGGGCUGGUACAACACGUCCAUGCCAGCGACACUGGUCGUCACGGACCCCUCCUUCUUUGACCAGAGUAUGCUUGCAUCACGCUGGCCGGGCAAAGUCAAGCUGCUCUUGAUGGUGCGUGAGCCGGCAGACUUCUUAUGGGCAGCCUACAACAUCUGGAAGCUGCCAGGUGAGCCGAAGGGCGGCAGCCAGGAUGGCAGCACGGAUGCGAAGAUUCACGUCCGCAGCCCGGAGCUGUUCGACGAGUUAGUGUUGGCGGACGGCAAGAAAGAGGCCUGGGCACCCCGGGCCAACAAGAUCACCGGGCAGUGGUUCGACCAGAUCAAGAAUCUGAAGGAU